AUGAGCAAAGGUGGCCAACGCGCUUUGACCGUAUUCAAGAAACCAUAUAAUAAGGCAAAUUUAGCUGGUGCGACUCAGCUUCUCAUACUUUUCGAUCUCACUAAUAUGUCGUCUUUUCAAGCUCCUGCCUGCACUCCAUCUUCCAGCGUAGAUUGGGUUUUCCAGCAGCAGUUUUGGAAGGUUUACGACACAGCAAUAGCUACUAUCAAGAGGAACGGGUUUUCCUCCCCUGCACCUGUUGACUGGGCAGCUGGCCUACAAAAUAACUUCACAAAGGAAUUCUUGGACGAAAUAUAUUCUAUUGCAUUAACAGGCAUUUAUUCUGAGUGCAUAACAUCCCAGGCUCCUCCCGCUCAGAGCAAUUACUCCUACUCAAUAUCAGAAGGCCCUGCUUCCGACACUCCAAGUCACUACCAAGUUUUGGGUCGACAGCCACUGCCUCAGUGCUCUUUUGCUCCAUCAUAUGAGGAUUUCUUUGCCGGUUUGUCGUCUUCCAGCUACAAUAGGCCUAGUCUUGUGGCCAAAUGCAAUAGCGCAAAUAUGUAA